AUGGCGAAAUCAGCUCCAGUUCCUGGUAGCAAGAAAGCUACAUCUUCGCGACCACGGCCUUCCGUCAAAAGCAUCUUCAGUACCUCUCGACAAACCUUCUACGCAUGCUUCUUCAUCCUCUGGUUCUGCAUCGAUGUAGCCGAGCUCGGUCUCGUUUCACAACAGAUCCACAAGUACGGUCGAUUCGCUCAGAACUGGCCAACUGGAAAAUACCAACAUGCGAUGGGCCUCUUGCUCUUCACCACCAUCAUCGGUUUACUCUUCUCCAUCUUCCAUUGGGCAUUGGGUCUGACAAUGUACCUCCCCAUCUUCCUCAUGUUCGGUGUCUUCUGGGGUACAGGUGCUGGUAUAAUGUAUGAAACUCCCUUCGGCCACGGUUUCCAAUGUAGACAUACCAACGACCCAAGUCGAUUCGCUCCUAAUUGGGUGCCAUAUUUGGGCGAAUGUUCUAGAGUGACUGCUAUUGAAGGUUUAGCUUGGGCCAUGUUCGCUCUUUCUGUGAUCGCUCUCUUCUUCACCCUCUUCGAUAAAUUCACCUUCACCUCCAAACGAUCAGCCGUCUACGAAUCUCUUGCUGAGGAAGGUCACGCUCAAAUCGAAGAGAAGCAUUAA